UGCGCAUGCGGAGUAGGGCUUGAACGUAAUCUGGUGGGAUUUCACUUUCAGCUGGCUGUCAUCAAAAAGGAUGGAUUUAAUCGUCAUAAUUGAAAUCUGAAAUUCGCAUUACUAUGGGAAUCACAUUUGACAAUAUGUCCCCCACUAUAUUUGCAGUUGGGGCCGUGAUUUUGUAUCUUCUUUUUCGCUUCCUCAAUCUUGCAAGUUACACAGCAAGUCCACUUCUGUUUUUCAAAGGAUCACAGAUUGUACAAGGGAUCAUUAAAGCAUGCCCUUUACUCACAGAACCGUACAUUCCACCACUACUAUGGGGGAAGUCAGGGCAUAUACAAACAGUUAUUUAUGCCAAAUUAGGGAGGAUAAAAUCUCCAUUCCCAAGUGGCCAAAGACUCAGCUCUGUGAUGCCAGAUGGCGCCACCAUGACAUUUGAUGUAUUUGAACCUCUUGCUGAACAUUCCAGUGGAGGUGACUACACAAUGUGUGUUUGUCCAGGUAUCGCAAACUCUAGUGAAAGUGUUUACAUUCGUACAUUUGUGGACCAUGCACAGCGUAACGGCUACAGGGUUGCCGUGUUGAACCACCUGGGGGCUCUGAAAAAUAUCAAACUAACAGCUCCAAGGAUAUUUUCAUAUGGAGAGACUGAUGAAUAUGCUAGGAUGAUAGAAGAAAUAGAGAGAGUCUUUCCCAACUCUAAGCUGCUCUCAAUUGGCUUCAGUAUGGGAGGCAAUUUGAUCUGCAAGUACCUGGGUGAUAGCAUAGAGCACCAGAGAAAGUUCAUUUGUGCAAUGUCAAUAUGUCAGGGUUACGAUGCAAUGGCGGCAAUGCCUCACUUCACUGGCUGGGAUCUAUUGCUGCGCUUCUAUAACUGGGCUAUGACUCAGAAUUUAAAGAAACUUCUAAACGCCCACAGGGAUGUGUUAUUUGGGGCACAUGCUAAGAGCCUCUAUCCUACAGCUUGUGACACAGAGAAAAUAUUUUGGGCUACAGCUCUAUCAGAAAUAGAUGAAGUGUACACAAGGAGAAGAGCUGGUUUCUCCUCUCUUGAAGAGUUCUACACAAAAAGUAGCUGUAGAUACGUUCUCAAUAAUAUAGACAUGCCAAUAUUCUUUUUGAAUGCUGAGGAUGAUCCCCUUAUUCACAAAGAUCUAUGGCAUUAUGCCAAAGAAUAUGUCAUGACCCAUGAGAAAGCUGUCCUUGCUGUGACAAAACAUGGCGGCCAUCUUGGUUUCUUUGAAUGUGAACCUAGUCACCCGUACGCCAUGCACCCCCUCACCUGGCUGGAUAAAGUAAUUGUGCAGUAUGGAGAUGCAGUAAUCAACUCUUCAAAAGGGGAAUAAAUAGAACAUAAAACAAGCCAUAUUGAUCAACUAUUAGGGUCAUUCAAAAAGUUUUGCACUAUUGUGUCUCAUUUUUUGAAUAAUUACCUUUCAUUUACUUAUAAUUUUGCAAUUGCUAUGGUAGCCAUUCAUUCAAAUUUCAAAGUCAAUGGAUCUCAAGAGAUACAUAGCUUAUCAUUCUGAAAUUGCAUAUGCUUGUAGAAUGAUUUAAACUUUGUAUAUCAAGGGCGUCAGAAGGAUUUGCCAAGGGAGGGGCGACUUUUG